AUGAAAGUUGGUAUGGAUGAUCCAGACAUGGAUGAGAAGGUACCGAAUCCAGAAAUUGGUAUGAAGUUUAAAACAGAGAAAGAUGCAUAUGAUUUCUCCAAUAGUUUCGGAAGGAAAGUCAGUUUCAGUAUUCAAAAGCAUAGUGUAAAAAAAGACAAAAAGACAGGUGUAUUGAAAAUGAGAGAUUUUGUUUGUUCCAAAGAAGGUAAACGUUCAUUUGAUAAAUGUGAUGUUAAUGUGAAGCAUCAUCGGGAUGAAACAAGAACAGGUAUAAAGCUAAAAGCGACAUAUGAUUUCAUGACUAAACAAGUCGGUGGUCGACAGAAUGUUGGAUAUAAUUUGGUCGAUUACAAGAAUUAUUUGCGGAUGAAAAGGGUGAAAGCAAUGAAGAAAUUUGAUGACAAAGUUUUUGGGCAGAUGGAAGAAUGA